GGAGGUGGUGGUGGAAGACAGCAACAAAGCCGUGACUCGUCCGUCGAGAAGUUCGUCUUGAUCCUCCAGUCAGGAUGUCGUCGAGGUCCGACAAGCCCGAGCAGGUUUUACUUAUCGAGCCGCAGAACGAGCUCCGAUUCAGGGGUCCUUUUACAGGAGGCCCAGUCACAUCAUAUAUAAAAUUAAUUAAUCCAACGAAUAAAAAGGUAUAUUUUAAAAUAAAGACUACUGCCCCAAAGAGAUACUGUGUACGUCCAAAUUCUGGUGCUCUCAAGCCAAAGGAUGUCACUGAAAUAGCAGUAUGCUUACAACCGUAUGAUUUUGAUCCAUCGGAAAAAAAUAAACACAAAUUUAUGGUGCAAACUGUGGUAGCACCAGAUGAUGAUGAUGAUGAAUAUCCAAUUGAUGUGUGGAAGGAUAUAAAUCCAGAUCAGUUAAUGGACUCUAAAUUGAAAUGCGUUUUUGAAAAUCCCGUAAUUAACACCACUAGUAGCACGGUUAAAAUGACUGCAACUUCCACAACAACUAAGGCGGAUUCUAAUGCGACUAAUGGAAAGAACAAAACAGUUGGCGAUUCGGUCAAAUCGUCGCCUAAGGUUCUUGGUGAAGCAGAAGAGAAACUUAUUAAAGCUGCGCAAGAGGUUAAUCAGCUUAGGGUAGAGGAAAGCACGCUUAGGCAGGAAAAUCUUCAACUUAGGGAAGAUUUAAUGAAGUGGCGAAACGCGGCGCUGGGCAAUGAUGGUAAUCUUGCAGCAGCCAGAGGACUAACCUCGCAGAGCAAUAGCCAGUUAUCUCCGACAUCAACUAGUAUCCUCAUCGCCUUCGCCAUGGUUAUAGUCGGCUACUUGCUGGGAAAACUAAUCUGAACAGCCUUUAUCUUAUUGUAUACCUCAGUGUAUCCCCACCGCCCCCAAGUUUUUUUAGCCUGUCUUCUGCCGUCAUAUACCAUCGUUCGAUCGCAGGCACAGACUCCAAACGUUGCGUUACUCGAAUGUUCAUAAUAAAUGCUAUAAACACGGACGGUAGUGGUCUACAUUAAUAGGAUUGCUCGUUACGGGUGUGUGCUUAAUCUGAUAAGAUGCUUGGUUUAAAAUUUAUUCUAUAUUUUAUUUAUUUUUUUCGUCUUCUUUCUAAGACCAUGAUUAGAAGACGCUAAGUAAUGCUCAGUUUAUGUUUAUCACAUAAUGUGGUUAGAUUCUUUUAUGCUUGUAAAGGGAUUUUUGCUCUGUAACUUGCUCCUUAAAAUAGCGUUGAGCAAAAUGUGCACCCGCGAAUAACGAAUCAUGAUUUCGUAUUUAUAAAUACAUAUUCAAAAUAUUCGUCAGUCGCAUUGCUCAACGCUUUUGAAAUCUUAUUCGCUACUGGGAAUAUAAGUUACCACAAUUACUGAUUGUUAUUGCACUCUUUCUCAAAUUUGUACACCACUUAUUCGCAAUAGGCCGAACCGUGCUGGUGCAAAAAAUCACACACGAACGAGUGAGGAUGCUAUUACUGUCAUAGCAUCUUUCUCUACGUAAUAUAACUUUUACGUCACAUAAAAAUCAUGUUGUACAAUCGGAAGAGCAGAAAUAGUCCAGUUGCUGGUAUACGCUGCGUGAGAACGGUUGUUACCCAAGUUCGCUCGAUUUGCACUGCUUCGGUGCAUCCGCGCCGGGCACCGUUCUCGUUCCCCGUUGUACAUAUUGUGUCCAUUUGAAAAUAUAUAUAAUACACAUAGUCGGGGGGAUCGGAGGGGGAAAGAGGAGGAUAGAGGUGGGGCUGGCUGAUGAAGAGUAGUGGUUUAUGACCCAAUAAUUGGUUGUGCUGGUAGUUGUAUUCUGCCAGCGUUGGUAUUUUAAAUGAAAAAGAUAAAAGAGAGAAAGGGAGAGAGAAAGAGA